CUCGACAGAAAUCAUCCUCUCACAUCAUGGCCAAACGAAGAACCAAAAAAUACACCCAUGUCGGAGCGGCGAAGGGUGGCCUUCCUGGGGCGAAGGGGCCGCAGGGUGUCGCGAAGCCCACCAGUCGAACGCCCAAGUCAAUGGUGAUCCGGGUCGGCGCAAGUGAGGUCGGGCACAGCGUCGGCCAGUUGGUGAAAGAUGUGCGAAAUAUGAUGGGACCGGAUACGGCAUCGAGGUUGAAAGAGCGGAGAUCAAACAAGCUGCGCGAUUACACAGCGAUGGCAGGACCGCUAGGCGUCACCAACCUCAUGCUUUUUAGCAAAAGCGACAGCGGGAACACGAAUUUGCGAUUGGCAUAUACUCCUCGAGGACCGACAUUACACUUCCGCGUGGAGAAGUACAGCUUGUGCAAGGAUAUCUAUCAGAGCAUGAAGAGACCGAGGAGUGGAGGUCAAGAGUACUUGACAGCACCUCUGCUUGUUAUGAACAAUUUCAUCACCAAGGACCUGCAAGGCGUGAAUGAGAAGGAGAAAGCAAAGACGAAACAAUUGGAGGAUCUAGUACAACAGAUGUUCCAAGGCCUCUUCCCUCCAGUCAACCCUACGCGGACACCUCUCAACGGCAUCAAGCGCGUCCUCUUACUCGACCGCGUGCCCAAAAGCUCCUCUGCCGACGACGAUUCACCCCCAUACGUUCUCAACGUCCGACACUACGCUAUCGAGACUCGCACUGCAAAGUCUGUCCCAAAGCCGCUCCGCCGAUUAGACGCCGCCGAGAAACUGUCUCACGGCCAAAAACGCAAGCGAGCGCUACCGAACCUGGGCAAACUCAACGAUGUAGCAGACUACCUCCUCGACCCAAAUGCAGCAGACGGCUUCACGAGCGGCAGCGAAAGCGAGGCAGAAACAGACGCAGAAGUUGAGAUCACCACAACGAAGCAACGCAAAAUUUCCAAACAUGCAAAGAAAGCGACAGGCGCAAACGGGACACAACAAGCAGGAUCAGCAGCUUCGCAAUUGAAAGAGAACGUCGAAAAGAAGGGCAUCAAGCUCUACGAGCUGGGACCUCGCAUGAAAAUUCGCCUGACGAAGGUUGAAGAAGGGCUUUGCGGAGGGAAAGUCAUGUGGCAUGAGUACAUUCACAAAUCGGAAGCGGAAGUCAAAGAGAUGGAGAAGAGACACCAGGUAAAGAGAGAGGAGAAGGAGAGGAGAAAAGCGGAGCAGAAGGCUAAUGUGGAGAAGAAGAAGGCUGAGAAGGCUGCGAGGAAAGCGAGAGGAGAGGAGGUUGAGGAGAGUGAUGAGGAUGAAGAGAUGGAUGACGACGAAUGGGAUGAUGAUGCAGAUGAUCAGUAUCUCGGACCUGGCGGGAGUGAAGAUGAGAUGGAGGAUGAUGAAGAUGGAGAAGGGCAAGGGAGUGACGAAGAAGAGGAUGAGGAAGGAUAGGCAGAUAGUCGAGACUGGAUAUGUCGCCUCGUUGCCAACGUCUUGAGGAGACCGGAACAUGGUGCUUCUUCAUUUGAGGCACAUACGCAUCGGUGUGAUGGAGCUCAGAGUCUGCUUCGAAUAUAUUGUCUCAAGUGCGCAGGCCCAACGCUCAUAUGCGGAAAUACGCUGUGCAAAAUUCUUGACGCCAUGCGGAAUCGCAUAUUGUCGUUAGUCAUUACAGGAAAAAGGCCUUUGGCAUCAGACUCAAAUCCCACUCCAGAAGCCCAUAGGCCCCGGCGGUCUUUCAGUCGCAGGCCCUUUG